AUGGGUCACGUAUAUGAUAAUCUGUAUGAUCUUUUCAAUCAAAAUUUUGCAGUUUCGGCAAGAAAAAAAUAUUGCCGCAUUGCUUUGGGUGUACUCUAUCAUCCACGUUGCCUUGUUCAUGAUGAUUUUUAUUGUGUAGUAUUUAUUCAUAAACGAGAUUUAGACAAAUGCGAUCCACCUUUUCUCAAUCGUUUCGAAAAGCAUUUAAUCGAUAUUGAAGCAUUGAUUCAUCCACGACAUAAAUCAGUCGCUCAUGAUUUACAUAUGUGGCUUAAAACAUUACUACCUAAGAAUCUUGGAAAACAUUUUCCACUAUUACAACAUUUGUUUGUCGAUUAUAGACAAGAUCAAAUUUGUAAUCUCGUAAUUGAAACUUUUGAACAAUUAAACAUAGCUAUAGAUGAUGAAGAAGCAGAUAAAAGACAUCAAGAUGUUAUUAAUCAUUGUCAAAGAAAGUUGCUUCGCACUGCUUCAUUCGAUUUACCUCUUGUUCUUUCUCUUCAACCAAACUUUGAACAUCAAAAUUUAAUCGAUCACUAUUAUGAAGUUCAUGAAUCAGUUAGUUUUGUAAAAAGUAUCGAGACAGCACUUGAUACUGAAACUAAUAUAAUUCAUCGUAUUAUUUAUACAUACACACAAAAUUUUCAUACGAUUGAUGGAUUACCAGAGAGUGUUGAAGAAAUAAAAUUAAGUACGUUCAAAACAGAACUUGAACUAACAAAUAAAAUCAAACAACAUUAUCAAUCAUCGAGAAAGAUUCGCCUUCUUUUGAUUCGAGUUGAUUAUCAUGAUGAGCAUCAACAUAUUCUUUCGUUGAAACAUGUCUUACUUAACGAACAUGUACAAACAAGUAAUCGAGGUGUAUGUAAAUGGCAUAUUGAUAUGAUUGAUAAUCUUAAUUUGAAUAAUUUUAUUCCAAAGAGUACACUUUCGAAUCCUUCAUAUCGUGACCUAGUUAUGAAACCACAGUAUUCUCUCAGUGAAUGUACAUUUGAUGAUCUUGUCGAUCGAUGUCUAUCAAAAUUCCGCUAUACUGUUCCACAUAAGAAUGAUGAACGAUUAAUCAAUACGAGACGUUAUGAAAUCUUGCAACAAAUAACUCAACAUAAUAAUAAUUCGACAUCGAAUAACCUUCAUCUACGUUCGAUAUUGGAAAAGAGUCUUAUGAUGUUAAUUCAAAAGAUUGAAACUUCUAAUACUACACGGUUUAUUGAUUGGCGACUUGACCUUUUAACACAUGGUAAUACUAUCGCUGGUUCUCGUUCGUUUUGUGAUGCUUUUCAAACAACUAUUUCAGCAUUCUAUGAAACAUUUCUAUUUCUUUUAUUGGCUCAUCUUGAAAUGCAUAAUUUCAUAAAUAUAUACAUUUUUAUUUCAUCUAUUAAUGAUAGAAAUGUUACAGAAAAUUUAUCCAAGCCUUGGAAAGACUGUUUAACAACAACAUUGGAAAAUAUUGAUUUGACAAUAAUGAAUCGCGAUAUAAUUGAAAUUCCAUUUUCGUCUGAACUUAAGUUACCAUGUGGAGCUGUCGAAUAUGAAAACAUUCGAACUAUUCGAGAAAAAAUUCGACAAAUAGAAAAUGAUAAUGAGUUUCUUGAUCAUUUCAAUUUCGCUAUCAACCAGAUAAAAUCUAUAAGUAUCUAUGGUAAACAUUUUAUGGAAUUUGUUUUCACUGAUCGAAAAUUCUUUGAAAUUUAUUUUCAUGAUCAAAUCGCUCUACAUCUGAUGGAGACAAAUAUUAAUCUUUCACCAAAAUUUGUUUUUGAUCUCCUGACAAGUAAUCCAACUUAUUCAUCUCAACAAUAUGCACAAUUAUUUCUUGUACAACACGUCGAAUUUACAGAAAUUCUUCGCUUAUUCGAAAUAAGUAUACAAAUGAUUAGUGAAGAAGAAAUUUUUAAUGAAAUUCGAAAACAAUUGAUCGAAAAUCUUACCGACAAGAUCCGACUUUCGAAAUUCUACUCACUUGUCAUAGCUAAUCACCAAUUCUAUCAGCUUCCGCCACAAACAACUAUUAUUGAAGAUAAAUGGAUAUUUAAAUGUAAAGGUGACCCAAUGAUAGAAACUAGUUUAAUGAAUCUAAUUGAAUUGAUUCUUUCAUCAUCAAUUAUCGAUCGUACAAAUAGUAUUCAACAAGUUACAACUACUUAUAGUUUAAUAGCACAAGAGAUUCGAGAUUUACCAUCUUAUUGGGUCAAUAAUCUUGAAAAGCUUCGUUCAUUCAUUAGUCUUAUUCGUUGUCUUAAUACUUUGCUUCCUGACAAAGCUCUUAAUGUUUUCAAAAGUGUGUGUAAGCAAGGUUUCGAUGCUAAAUUCGAUUCAUGUCAAUCAAUUCAUCAAUUUAUUAUUGGUUUGAAAAAUUUGAUAAAAGGUGAAGGAACGACUGCAAAUGAAAAUAUUCUUCCUCGAACAUUGAUCAAACUCGAAGUCGAAUUUUUGAAAGAUUGGUUAACACACAAUGGUGACUCAUAUGGUGAUAUUUUGCUUUUAAUGAAUAAGAAUGAUAAUGACCUAUGGUAUUAUUCAGCUAAGAUCUUCACAUAUAUUGAUCGAAAACUUGACUUACUCUCAACAUUAAAAGGAAAUCAUGGAAAUCUACCAUUGACAGAAAAAUAUGAACAAUUUAAUCGUUGUCUGGAGAAAGCAAACAAUGCAACAUGUAAAGUAGAAAAACUAGUGGUAAAUAGACUUCAUAUGAGCUUGAUGCGAGAUGUUUGGUCAGAUGAAAUUGAUCAACAACUAACUGAGUAUUACCCAUAUUUCGAACAAAAUUUAUGGGACAUUCAGAAUAUAAAGAAAGUAGAAAAUUUAAAAUUAAUUUCAAUGCUUGCUUGGCUAAAAUACUACACUCAAAUAUAUGCAUUUGCCUUGAAUGCUGAUAGUCGACAAAAUGUUCUUUCCAACAUUGAUAAAUUACUUGUAAAUAUGGAUACUCCUUUUUGUUCAACUUUGAAAUUGUUCAUUUUUAAACAAAUGCUACAAAUAUCGGGACUAAAUCUAAAUGAUACGCGUGAUCUCUGCAGAAAUCGUAACAUUCUCUGGAUUAAGCCUUUUAUUCAACGUCCUCGAGAUCAGCAAGCUCAAAAUAUUCGACGAACUCUCAUUCUACCAACUCCACUUUUUGAAUGUCAUAACGAAUUUAAACAAGUGAGUCAAAUUCUGAAUGAAUUCGACAAGAUGCAAGCAUUGCGACAAUUGAUUGAUCAGUGUAAUACGUCACACAAGUUACAUUAA